UACAUUGACAAUGCUUGCACUUGUUGCACCAAGAGAACCAUUUGUUCAGUCACAGGCGUGCAUCAGUGCUAGAAUGCAGCUCAACUUUUCAGCUGAGAUAAAUCUCCCCUCCAGUAUGAUGAUCCAAAAGCAGGACGAUUCAUACAGCGUGCUGAUACCUGGUCUACCAGAAGAUCUGGCAAAGAUAUGUCUUGCUCUUGUCCCUCGGAGCCAUUUCUCUUUCAUGAGUUCUGUGUCAAAGAGUUGGAUGGCAUUCAUCGGCAGCAGGGAGUUCAUCGCUGUUCGAAAGGAAAUUGGGAAGCUUGAGGAAUGGAUUUAUGUCCUGACCACUGGAGCAGGCGAUCAGGGAAGCCGUUGGGAGGUGCUGGGGAGCCUGGAACAGAAGAAGAGGAUACUUCCUCCUAUGCCUGGACCAAAAAAAGCUGGAUUUGGUGUUGUAGUUGUUGAUGGAAAGCUUUUUGUUAUGGCAGGCUAUGCUGCUGACCAUGGGAAAGAAUUUGUUUCUGAUGAGGUCUACUGCUAUGAUGCUUGUCUUAACAGGUGGACAGCACUUGCCAAGAUGAACGUUGCACGAUGCGACUUCGCAUACGCAGAGGUCAAUGGUGUAAUAUAUGCAGCUGGUGGAUUUGGACCUGAUGGUGAUAGCCUGAGCAGCGUUGAAGCAUACAAUCCACCGCAGAACAAAUGGAUACUGAUGCAGAGUCUUCGCAGGCCGAGGUGGGGCUGCUUUGCUUGUGGGCUCAAUGACAAGCUGUACAUCCUGGGUGGCCGUUCAAGCUUCACCAUUGGCAAUUCUCGCUCUGUCGACGUGUAUGACGCUGAUCGGAACGCUUGGGAGGAGAUCAAGAGAGGAUGUGUGAUGGCCACCUCUCAUGCUAUUCUUGAAAAGAGGCUGUUCUGCAUUGAGUGGAAGAAUCAGAGGUCACUUGCAACAUUUAACCCGGCAGACAACUCUUGGGAGAGGAUCCUGGUGCCGCUUACUGGCAGUUCCAGCACCCGAUUCUGCCUCGGGGUGCUCGGCAUGAAGGUCCUGCUAUUCUCACUGGAGGAAGAACCUGGGUAGCAGACACUGAUGUAUGACCCGGCAGCACCAACAGGAUGUGAGUGGCAGACGUCUCAGCUCAAGCCUUCA